ACGAGGGGGUUAGGGGGGGACAUAUGAGACUAGUAGCGCUCCAUGUCGAGAUCAGCCGUUUGGAGCGCAGGCUCUUAAAAUGCUGCUGGACACGACAUGCGUUUUGCGGUCCUGCGGCGACCACGAACUGCAACUGCAUUAAUAUCCGAAGCCAAGUUAACGGGCGUUGCGUUCAGUUUGCGUGACAGCGCGGCGACAUCUUCGCUUGCGGAUCGUAGCCGAGACGGCGGCGCUCGCAGGCGUCUCCUUCUUACGGAUGACGAACUCCUCCGCGCCCUGCGAUGUCGCGUCGGUCUGGCGUGUGGAAGCGGGCGCGUCGUGACGCCGGCGCCCUGCGCCACUAAGCACAAGCGACGCCCCCCUCAAAUUUGGGCUUCCUUGCGCGCGGCUGCUCGCGAUGACGGGCCGGGUGCACGCGUGGAGGCGCUUGCCCGCGCUCGCGGCCUUGCCGAGGUGCAGACGGUGGACGCUCGGGGUUUCCGGCACCAGAGCCGCUCCGCGCCGAAGAAGGAUGGACUACCAGGAUGCAGUGUGCACCCUCAACACGCUGCAGACCAACGCGAGUGCCCUGGAACAGGUGCGCAGAGAGAGGGGACACCCCGAAGUCCAGCUCCAGGCUAUGUUUGGCUUCCUGAAGAGAGCAGGCCUCACGGUAGAAGAGCUCGAUCAUCUCAACAUCAUACAUGUGACCGGGACAAAGGGAAAGGGCUCGACGUGUGCCUUCACAGAGCAGAUUCUUAGGAGCUAUGGAUUUCGCACAGGGUUUUACAGCUCUCCACACCUGGUGCAGGUGAGGGAGCGCAUCCGUGUCGACGGCCACCCCAUAGGGAGGGACCUCUUCGCUAAGUACUUCUGGGAGGUCUACGGACGCCUGGACCAGACCAAGGAUACCCAUGGUGGCACCAUGCCAGCGUAUUUCCGUUUCCUCACCAUCCUUGCCUUCCACGUUUUCCUUCAGGAGAAGGUGGACGUUGCUGUCAUUGAGGUGGGACUAGGCGGAGCCUAUGACUGCACUAAUAUCAUUAGGAAGCCAUGGGUGUGUGGCAUUUCCUCAUUGGGCAUCGACCACACCAGCAUUCUGGGGGACACGCUAGAGAAGAUCGCUUGGCAGAAGGGAGGAAUAUUCAAGCCUGGAGUCCCAGCAUUUACAGUGAAGCAACAAGAAGCACCCAUGACGGUUCUGCAGGAGAGAGCCAAGGACAUUGGUUGCCCCCUGUCCGUGUGUCCCGAGCUGGACCAGUACCAGUCGUCGGUGUCGGGCCCCGUGCGGCUGGGACUGGCUGGGUUGCACCAGCGUUCCAACGCCUCCCUCGCACUUCAGCUCGCCCACUGCUGGCUCCAGAGACGCUGCAGCGCGGCAGAGGCUGCCGUGGCGUCUGCGGAAGGUUCCGGAGGGCUCUGUGCCGCCCCGGCGUUCGAGCCCAGCCCUCGCAUGCUCAGAGGCCUGGCGGAGACAGAGUGGCAGGGGCGGAACCAGUGCCUGACGCGGAGCAGCAUCACGUACUUCCUGGACGGUGCUCACACCACACGCAGCAUGCAGGCCUGCGUGAGCUGGUUCAGCGAGGCGGCCGCGCAGCGCGAAGCGAGCGCCACGGGUUCAGUAGUGCGGGUGUUGCUGUUCAAUGCUACAGGGGAGAGAGACUGUGUUGCGAUGCUUAAACUACUCUUGCCAUGCCACUUCGAUUUCGCCGUGUUCUGCCCCAACAUCACAGAGACCAUCGCCGCCUGCAACGCAGAUCAGCAGAACUUUAACGUCUCCGUGGAGAACAUGCUCACCCGCUGCCUGGACAACCAGCGGAGCUGGCGCGUCCUACACGGCCAGGAGGAGGAGCCGGCGGCGGAGCUUCUGAUCGGCAGCGGCGGGCUCCCCCUGGUGGCAGAGCGGCGUAGCGCGACCCUGGUGUUCCCCUGCAUCCUGAGCGCCCUCCAGUGGAUAACGCAGGGGAGGGACUCGGUGCUGUCGGACCCCAGCAAGCACGUGGCGCCCGUGAAGGCCAGCGUGGCCGCUAAAGGCGCGCUGCUCCAGGAGGCGGCCAACAUCCACGUGCUGAUCACAGGGAGCCUGCACUUGGUGGGGGGGGCUUUGAAACACCUGGAACCGAGCCUAGCCUCCUAACACACAGCUGGGGGGGUGGAGAAACAUCUAAGUGCUUCUUCCUGUGCCAUGUUGCCAUUCAGUUCCAGACCCAGUAGGUUCUCAUACACUGGGCCUUGCACAGGUUACUUUACUUAAUCCAGAACCAGUAGGUUCUCAUACACUGGGCCUUACACAGGCUACUUUACUUAAUUGACCUGCUGACACACUGCCACCACUGAGCAGGCGCUUAAUGCACUUAGUUUUCACCUGUGCCUUCGUGUGCAAAACGGCCGGCUGUGCGGUUCUUCCGGUCUUUGUUUACCAGAGCCGGUUACCAAGCCACGGCUUAAACCUCUUCCGGGGCUGACUCGUUGCGUCUUUACCCAGCGUCCUGAGGAGUUCUUAACUAACUCUAAUCUGAGCAGCACAUUCUGGUCACUUGGCAUGCAGACCUGGAAUAACUAAAAUGUACUGCCCUUUAAUGAUGUGUUGCUGUUCAAGACUAGGGUUGCCCUGACCAGAACACCUAGAUGUAGGAGGCUGUUUGUGUGGGCUCUGCUACGGCCCGUUUGUAUUCGUCUCUUCCUGACGUCUUGUUCGUGUUGUUGCGAAUGACCUGAGGCUUGGAAUAGUCCACAUCUCAGGAAAAAAAAAAA